CCCCUCCCAGCUCCCUUGUCCCCGGUGACCCCUCAGAACCCCCCAUGAGGUUGUACCGGGGGGAUUCUGGAGGUACCGGGAGACCCCUGAGGGGUCCCGGGAAGACUCCGGAGUUCCCGGGGGAGGCUUCGCACCCUUCGCCCCUCUCCCCAAAAUCCACCAACCUGUCCUCGCGUUGUCCUGAGUUCUGAUGCGGAUGAGAUCCACGACGGGGAUGAACGGCCGCGUGUACUACUUCAACCACCUGACGAACGCCAGCCAAUGGGAGCGGCCGAGCGGGGGCUCGCGGGCGGAGCCGGGCCGGGUGCGCUGCUCUCACCUCCUGGUCAAGCACCGGCAGUCGCGGCGCCCGUCCAGCUGGAGACAGGAGCGCAUCACCCGCUCCAAGGAGGAGGCGCUGCAGCUCGUCAACGGUUACAUCCAGAAGAUAAAAUCGGGAGAGGAGGAUUUUGAGUCUUUGGCUUCGCAGUUCAGCGACUGCAGCUCGGCCAAGGCCGGAGGGGACCUGGGAGCUUUCGGGAGAGGGCAGAUGCAGAAGCCGUUUGAGGACGCCUCGUUCGCGCUGAGGGCCGGCGAGAUGAGCGGCCCCGUGUUCACGGAAUCCGGGAUCCACAUCAUCCUCCGCACGGAGUGAAGUGCCUUGGGAAGCCCGGAAUUCCCGGG